UCUGGUGGAGCGUACAGCACGACUGGGGGGUUGGAUACGUUCCAGCCGUUUUCCCGACGGCACUGUCUACGAGCAUGGACCCCACGGCUUGCGCACAGCCGGCGAAUCCGGUCGUAACACACUGCAGCUGGUGGAAGAGCUCGGCCUUCACAGCCAGGUCCUGCCGGUAGCGUCCAGUUCCCCCGCGGGGAAACAGCAGCUGGUGCUGGCAAAGGGGAGGCUGGGUCCGCUGCCCAUCAGUUUCGGCCGGCUGCUGUGGCCAGGUUCCCCCUUUACAACUCCGCUGCUGGUGCCCCUCCUCAAGGACCUUUUCUGGGCGGGCACCCCAGGGGAGGACCAAGACGAGAGCGUGCACGACUUCACCGUGCGCCGAUUCAACCGCCAGAUCGCAGACUAUAUCAUGGAUCCUAUGGUUCGGGGCAUCUGCGGCGGCUCCUCCCACGAAGUGAGCCUGCGUGCCCUGCUCCCCAAUGUCUUCAAGGCGGCCAGAGAACACGGCUCGGUCGUGCGGGGCCAGCUGCGACAGGUGCAAGCCGCCACGGCAGCCCGACUUGCGCAAGCUGCUUCGACCCCUGCCGGAAGCACGACGCACACGACGAUGGCGGAGAAUGCGACAAGCACCUCGGCAAAUGCAACAGACUCGCACGUGCACGCCGCAGGCAUCACGGCAGGGGUGGCGAGUGCAGCGGACGCAACGAACGCUGGCGCGACGAGCGCACCGGCGAGCCUUCACUCUUUGUCUUCUGGGUGGGCCAUGUGGAACUUGAGGAAUGGCCUACAGCAGCUCUGCGACACCCUCUCUCUCAGGCUGGAAGAGAAUCCCCGCACGCACAUCUACGUGAACGAGCAUCACGUCGCGCUGCAAAGGGAUCCCAACGGCCACCUCAUGGUGUCGUUUGCAGAGUCGACCACGGAGGCUGACCAUGUGUUUUCCUGCAUUCCUUCUCGCAGACUGUCCCAGUUGAUGACCCACGACUGGCCAGAGCUGGCAAGCAUGUUGCUCGGUAUUCCAACGGUACACGUGGCCUCUGUCAACCUCGAGUACAAGGGCAAGGUUUUGCCUCAGCAGGCUCCUGGAUUUCUCGUGCCAUCUCGGGAGGUGCCUCACGUGCUUAGCGUAUUGUUUGACUCGUGCUGCUUUCCCGAACAUGACGGGCAGUACGACGUCAAGACUCGGAUAACCUGCCUACUUGGUGGCCGCUGGUUCAAGCAACAGUUUGGAGAAGUGGAUGCGGUGGAUUCGCGGACACUGCUCGAGUCAGCCCAGCUGGCGGCACAGACCUACUUGGGCAUCAGCCAGUCGCCGGUCAGGCACAGCGUUGACCUGCUCAAGGACUGCCUGCCCCAGUACCUAGUGGGCCAUGUGCAGAAGCUUUCUGGAAUCCAGCAGCACAUUGCAGACCGAGGACUGAACCUGACCCCUCUGGGGGCCUCGUACCAGGGACUAGGGGUCAACGAAUGCAUCUACAAUGCCCGCCUGGCGGUGGAAGGCUAUCUAGCCAAGCUCAGGACCUAGUCACCUUCGGCGCUGUCAUUGUAUGGGACAGGCUCUGGUGGUGGUGGCCAGUGACAUCUCCUCCACUCUUAGCGUUGCUUGCUUCUGGUCAUGUGAAGGUCGAUUUAUCGAAAAGAAGGAAAUUUUUAGAGCCGGUCGGGUUGUGUGAGAACUGCUUUGGGUGUUUGCAACAAGACAUCAGAUGAUACACAGGGGAACAGAGCCUGGCCAUGGCAUGGUUGCUUUUUUAUAAUUAUUGUUUAUGAAGCUUGGAGCUCAACUGUGAGGUUUCUCCUGUUAAGCGUUGGCAUUCAGUUCCGAGAAGGAGCUGCAUUUUGAGCGAGUGCCUUUAUUUAUUUCUGGAAGGUUUAAUUUUAAAGUUACUUAAUGGACUAUGUUCUUUUUCUGUUUUUUUUUCUUAAGGUUAUUUUUGGCAUCAUCCAUGUUUUGAAAGUUAUGAACUUGGCAUCAUCCAUGAAAAUAGAUGACGCCAAGUUUUGUAUGAAACGUCGGGAUGUACACUUUGCCAUGUGGUUUUAUUGCCAAAGGAGUGUGACUGGUGAUAUAUAUAUAGCAUAAUUGCACCGUCUAUAUACAAAAUAGGAUUUUCUAUUUGUUGCAAUUUUGGUAUUAAGGAUUUUAUGGAGAUCACGGAUUGCAGUGUCAUACUCUGAAGCCUAGCAUUUUUUGUGUAGUACAAUAGGCCAUUCAUUCAAUGCAGUGUUCAGCACGUUUUGCCAUUCUAGGUGUUUUGGAGAUUUUGGAAUACAAUGGUGUUUUCAAAAGAAAGUGCUGACUCAUCUUGUAUGUACCCUAUAAUAUUGUAACUGCUAUGAGUGAGAAAAAAGAGUGGAGAGAUGCAGUAAUACUGCCAUGAAACAGAUCUUAGAAAAAGUUGCAAUAAUGAGUGUGUCAGGUGACGAAAAAGGAAGAAGUAAGGCAGCCGAGAGCACUAUGCGGUAUGCUUUGAGCCGCUCACCAUUUCAGUCGCUAAGAUGCUGCGGUUAAACUUUUUACUAAGAAUCAGCUCGAGUCUCUUAAUUCACUGGCAAAGCACUCUUGCCCCCUUCACUUGUUCGUAAAUGGUGCGCUCAAUUUGAUGGGAAUACAUACCUUUACGUACGGGGGCCAGUGCUCAAAGGGAACCUGAUGCCCAUCCCACCACGCAGCCGACAGCUACCAGCAAAAGGGGUUGCAUAGCCGGGUUUGCCGACGCCUUGCUGCGAACAAUGAUGAUCCCACUAUUUAACAGUGAUUAUUGGUUCCCGAAAACACACUGCAGUCGGGUGAACCGUAGACAUAAGGUGCCUGCAGUGCCCGUUGACCCCAAGGCCAGGGAAAUCGCCUGUGCGUCAUCGUCGGUCAGACGACCUAGUACCACGACUCGUCGCUGGCAUACAAUCUAGAACACACUGCAAACGGCCACCUACUCAAAUAAGGGAGCGCCGACUGGCCAGCGCAAUCCUUCAUGGGUCUUCCCAAAAGUCGGAAAAACCUGGCGGAGGAGAGUUUGAGGGUUGGCUAGCGAGAUGGCAACCUCUUCCACAGCACGAAAUGGUACGCUCCGGCUAAAAGUCAAACAACCCUGGCAGUCGCACCUGUGGAUUAGGGCCUACACAAGGGAAGGAUGCAAGCAGUUCCUACAAUCUGUAUGUCGGUAGUAGGCACUCCUGCAUUUGGCUAUUCAUCCCAAUGCCCUGCUCUAAAGAAAAAUGAUAUGCUUCAUUUCACAAUAAAUUCAAAUGCAGUUUAA